UCUCAAACAGUGACGAAUAAGCAGCUGAUAUGAGAAACUGGACUGUGAAACCAUUUCAUCUCUGCGACCGAAGAAGUGUUUGGGUUUGUCUCCUUUUCUCUUCGGGUAAACGCAACUGACCGCGCGGAUGUCUGGAAGGAACCUGAUGAUUUCCUCAUUUAUUAUGAGGGAGCGCUCCUCUGGUCCUGCCGCAGGAAUGAGAGGCCUCCCCAACCACCAUCUGUCCUGCUGUGUGAACACUCUGCUCCAGACUUUCUCUGCUACCUGGGAAAUCGGAGCCCUGCUGGACAAGUACACAGCUGAGCCUGGGCUACAAACGUGGGAAGCGGCUGGCGGGCGAGCGGACGAUCGUAACGUCCCCCUUCAGCUGAAGAGGGUUCUUGCCGCCAUGAGGAGCGACAGCCCUCGGCCUGCUCCUCAUCGCGACUUCCUCCUCUCGCUGGACAGGAACUGUGUGCGACUCAACACGCAGCACGAUGCCGACGAGGUGUUCCUCUCCAUCUUGAACUUCAUGCAGCAGCAGAUGGACGACAAACCUCUGGCUCUUGAAAUCCAGAACCUGUACAGGAUUUCCGUGAAGACGAACCUGGAGUGUUUGGAGUGUAGCUCCGUCCAGACUCUGAACACCUACAUGCUCGGCCUGCCUCUGCACGUGAAGGAAGAUCACGACUCCCUGGAAGGCUGCAUGACUUCCUUCUUUGAGCAUCAGGAGCUCAGGGGCGCCAAUUGCUGCUUUUGUGGAAUAUGUGGGAAAAAGACUCCGUCCAAACAGGCUGUUAAACUGCUCUCCCUGCCUCGUAUCUUGUGCGUGCACCUGAAAAGGUUUCGGAAUCACGGCGGUUACACCCGAAAACUUGACUGCCCGGUGACCUUUCCAGAAAGCUUUGACUUCUCCGAGACCGUCAAAGACGCGUUCUCCUCAGACUUUGCUCAGGAUGACUGCAAGUACACGUUGCACGCAGUGGUAGUGCACUCCGGAUAUGCAAUGUUCGGUCACUACACCGCCUACGUCCGCCACGGGGCGGACCGGCCCUGGUACUACGCCGACGACAGCCACGUACAGCAGGUCUCCUGGGAAGACGUGCAGAGCACGUACGGAGGACCAAGAAGACACACGGCAUACAUGUUAAUGUACAGAAGAGGGCCGGAAGACAAUGGAGGACAGCCGGAACUUUCCGGCUGAGCGGAUGAAUGCAGAUGAUUCAUACCCGAGUUUGUGGUGCAAUAUUAGAAUGUUACAGGAGUAUAACCGUGUAUGGGAUUUAAAUAAUCAAUUGUGUUGUGUUGUGGUUUUUGAGAUUGUAUUUCAGCAGAUUUAUUUCUGACGAACAGCAGCAGAUGGCGACAGAGACUCGACACGCAGGAGUUGUUUUCCACGCAGACCACACACACUGAACACACUAAAGAAAAUGCUUAGCUUAGAUAUUCAGUGUUUUGGGGGAAAUACCUUCUAUUGGCGUCGGUGUUCAUUUUCCUGACACUGCUGUAAAAUAUGAGUCAUGCUCGAAGAGCAAUGAACUCUUUUUUUUUUGUCAUUUUGGGCUGCCAGAAAUAAAAACCUAAUUUUA